GCUUGUCAUUAAACUGAUUUCGUUUCCGAGUCUGUUCCCAAAUCGUUCUAGGCUGGUGUGCCCCAAGUUAUUUAUCCAGAAUUUCAAUUAGUUCCAAAUUAUCUUAGCGGUCUGCAAUCAAGAUGUUUCGCACUCUGUCCAUUGAGCCGACCAGAAUCGAGGACCGUUCCAAGGAGGAGGUCCGUGCCAAUCUGGUGGUGUUUGCCGUCACCUGUGCUCUGAUCCGAAUUAUCCCGAUUAUCUUAAGGAAGAUAGCUUAAUGGAGGCAUAUGACCUGCUAAGAUAAUGCUGAUCAUUGAUAUUAUAAUGCAAUGUGGUAAUAAAUAGAAGCAAAUAUCAUUAU